AAGGAUGAGAGUGAGACGGCUGCUAUGUGGAGUCUGGAGUUUAUGUUUCUUGUUGAGUCUUUUCUUCAUUUUGCUUCACCAAACAACAGCAAAAAGAAAACUGAAGUUUGUGUCUGUAGUGUUUCGCCAUGGUGACUAUACCCCAUGUGAAUCUUUUCCAACUGAUAAACACAAGAAAAAUGCAUGGCCACAGGGAUCUGGACAACUUACCAAGCUUGGAAUACAGCGGCAAUAUGAGCUUGGGCAAUACAUGCGGAAGAGAUAUAAACAUUUCCUGAGUACCGUAUAUAACCAGUUUGAGAUUUAUGUUCAAAGCACAGAUGCUGAUCCAACUCUUAUGAGUGCCCAGGCAAGUCUUGCUGGACUGUAUCCACUGGCUGGGAAUCAGGUCUGGAACCCCAAAAUCCUUUGGCAGCCAAUCCCAGUUCACACUGUGCCAGUGUCACAUGACAAGUUGCUACACUUACCUUAUCCAAACUGCCCACGAUACAACGAACUUCAGAAAGAAACCUUUGCAUCAAGGACAUUUCGAAGACAUUUCAAGCACUACAGGCCAUUUCUGAGAUUUUUAGCAGUUCACACAGGCUACCCAUUGAAGAGGCUGAACACUGAAAGAAUUAUAAAAAUAUAUGACACCUUACUAUGUGAGGAGAUCAACAAUUACACUUUACCAUCAUGGGCCACGCAUGGUGUCAGGACCAAGCUUCUAAAGCUCACAGAACUGCUGCUUCGGGCAGAAUUUGGGCUCCACAAACAAAAACAGAAAUCCCGACUCCAGGGAGGUGUUCUUUUAAAAGAUAUUCUCAAACAUCUCUCGAAUGCCAGAAAGCCUUCCAACCUGCGAAAGAUAAUUAUCUAUUCUGGACACGCUGCUACCAUUGUUGCCUUACAGAUGGCACUCAAUGUUUUCAAUGGAAAACUCCCUCCAUACAGUGCCUGCCAUUUUUUUGAACUUUACCAGGAAAAGGAUGGGCAAUACACCAUUGAAAUGUACUAUCGGAAUCACUCUUUGAAAGAUCCCCACCCGCUUACUCUGCCAGGCUGCAAAUUUCGCUGUCCACUCGAGCAAUUUAAUCAGAUACUUUCAUCAGUUUUAGUGCACCACUGGACAAAAGAAUGCAGGAUGUAGGGCAUAAACAAGAUGCAUGCGCUAAGAUCUUCAGGAGACUAAGCAAAGAGACAUCAACCUUUCAGAUAUUUCAGCAUUAACUUCCAUCAGUGUGACCAGAGCCCGCAUUGUACCUGUCAAGAGAAAAUACGUCUUAGUAUUGCAGUGGACUGUGAAAAUUGUACAUGGCUGUGACUUUUCUUAACAAAUGUUACUUCUGCUUUAAUCAAAUCAUGUAUCUUAAAUGAAAUAUUGACUUUACAAAGCCAUAGUAAUUUACCAAGAUUUAUGACUGUUUAGUUGAUUGACCUUAGUUCAGUGGGAUUACUUUAAACUUUAUGGGUAUACUUUUGAUGCUAAUUUUUUGGGAGGGUUAUAAGUUUAACUUUCAGCAAAGAUGUGAUAUUGCCCAUUGAGUGCUGCUGCCUCUUUAAGAAACAACAAGAUCUUUGAGGUCAAUGGUCAGGUAUGGAAAGCAAAUCAGAAGGAAAGACGCAUGCAAAUAGAAGAGUCAAUCCAGUCUGCUCCCACUUCCAUCUAUUCCAGGAACAGUUAAACAUUUUGUACAAAGAUCCAGAAAUCCCAAGAAACAGGGAAAAUUGUUGUUUACUAAGUGAAAGGGUGAGACACAAAAAAAACCAACAUAUGAGCAGAGAAAAAGACAAGUGGGAUGGGGCAAAAUGGACUGCUGGCCUGCAACUGAAAAAAAAUAAUUCCCAGCCAGCACAUCUGCUGUGAAAGUGAGCUGGAGUGACAAGGUAAAGGGGCAUUGAGCCAUUCCCCUCUUUUUGAGGCGGCUGCAAGUCUCGGUUGUCAUGGGUGAAAGAGAAAUAACUUGUUGCUUUGUAUGUCAUCCUUUCACAUAGAAAAUGUACCUUGCUAUUGGAUAUAAUUGUAAAAACUCUUAUCACAGUAAAGUUCCUGCUUCAGAAAAAUCCCUGGGUCAGUGCAAAGUCUGAGUCUAACAACAAAAAAUGAAGGUCUUCCAAAAAAAAUGGAGAAAAAAGCCACAGCUCUUAAGUGCUAGAUAAAAUACAGCAGAAUACACAGUAGGGAGCAAUCCUCCAUUAAUUGGAAAAUGGGCUAGUUGACUUACAGUGCUAGAACUUGAGAAGUCUGCAAGUGCACAACUGUGAGUAUAAUUUGUGGAAGCAACUACCAUGACUGCACGCAGUUGGCAAAUCAAACACAUAUCUGGUCAUUUUCACAUGAAAUUACCACCAUUUCAGCAACCUAACCUAGGAAAUUACAAUAUGCCAAUUUGCAUAUAUGAGAGGAAUUCACCCCUGUACAGAG